ACCGGAAAAAGGAAGUGGAGGAAUUCCGCAGAUGUCAAGCUAAGUUAGCUUCUCGCAGUUCUCGGGGCUUCCGCAUACGAUAUAUUUUUGUUUACUGUACUCUAUACUGUAUUUACGCGUUGCGUUGAGGGUCUGUGGGAGAAUGUCCUUUUCCGGGGGAGCUUCGUGGACUUUUAUCGUGGCUGCUGCGGUGUUCGCCCUCCUGUUGGAUGCUGCAGCUGUUGCAAAUGCAAAGAGCUUUGAAGACGUUCGUUGCAAGUGCAUCUGCCCGCCUUACAGAAACUUCACAGGCCACAUCUACAAUCGAAAUGUCUCCCAAAAGGAUUGCAACUGCCUCCAUGUGGUGGAUCCCAUGCCGGUGCCUGGCCAUGACGUGGAAGCUUACUGUCUGCUGUGUGAGUGCAAGUAUGAGGAGCGGAGCAGCAACACUAUCAAGGUGACGAUCAUCAUCUACCUGUCUGUUGUGGGUGCACUGCUGCUCUACAUGCUUUUCCUUCUCUUGGUGGAUCCCCUUAUCCGCAAGCAUGAUACCUACACCCAGCCUCUGCACAAUGAGGAGGACUCUGAGGAGAUGCGUCCACAGCUGGACAGCAGCCAGGCCAGAGGAAACACAGUGCUGGAGCGGGUCGAAGGGGCACAGCAGCGCUGGAAGAAGCAGGUCCAGGAACAGCGCAAGACUGUUUUCGACCGCCACAAACUGCUUAGUUGAACCCAGCGAGGACGAUCCUGAGCCAAGGUUUAGAGCAGGUAUCUUUUCUGUCACCAGCUGCACUUUCUUUAUUCCUCUUCAGCCUCUUCACAUGGUAUUCCAUUGCUUGACCCACACGUUUUAUUAGUGUAAUGCAGAGAUGAUCAUGAUGCUAUUUUCAUCUUAUUUUAUGAGGGCAACGGUUUAAAUCUACCAGUGACUAACACUUAUCGCUUGCACCAACUACUGCAUGCGCAGCACAGUAAACCUUCAGGAAGGAUAAGGAGUGAGCCCUUCAGCGCAUUGUGAAAAAACGAUUUAUAUUUGCCUAUAUUAAUAAUUUAAGCCCUAAAUAUACCACAAGCUAUGAUCCCGAAACAUUUAAAAAUCAUUUCAAACUUUUAACAUCUUGAAAAAUGAGACUGUGUGUAUGUGUGUGUGUAUGUAUAUAUAUAUAUAUAUAUAUAUAUUUUUUUUUUUUUUUUUUUUUUUUUUUUUUAAAUGACCCAGAUGUGGAUAUGUCCAUGCGAGGAACGCUCUAAUUAAUUUCCACAAACAAAAGACUAAAUUUAGCUCCUCGCCAACAUAAAAUGAUCUUAGGCCUGCCGCACACUGAGGGAACACAAUUCAACCGUGGCACAGUGUGCGGUUUGUGCAACUAUUUUUAUUUUUUUUUCUCUCAAAUAGCAGAGGAUAGGGUCCACAGGGGUAAGGGGGGCAGGGCACCAUGACAUGAUUUUGUGAAUAGGCAGUAUUUCACUAUACACUAAUGCCCUGUUGUCAGUUUCUAACUGGACCAAUAACAGAACCUCUGCAAGCCAGAUCUGCUAAAUAUCAUCUUAACUAUUUUAGUAGCUCUCCGUGCAACAGACAUUGAUGUCCUAAACUUUUUAUUUAUGUAAUAGUUCUCCUUGUGAGUUACAAGGAAUUUGUGACACUUUUUUUUGUUACCCAUGAGGGUUUGUGUUGUGUUGUAAAAGAAUAGUGUCUGCUGUUACCAAGCACCCCAUUUAUUUAUUCAUAAUUUAUUACUGCUCAUAAUAAGUUUUGCAUAAUAUUCUGUGUGAUAGAUAUAUAAUGGGUGCUGUUCCUGUUUUUCUUUCUUUUGAUGAUGCAUGGAAGUCCAGAUCAAAAUUGGGCACUCAAUGUAUAGCAUUCACAGAUUUUGAAAAAAAGUAGAUGUGUGCCUGACAGUAUGAUUUAGUAGCAUAUGAAUGAACUUUCAUGUAUUUGAAAGCCCCAUUGCGCCAGAGUUGCUGCUGACUGAAUUACUUUCCACCAUUUUAUUUGUCAUGAUUCUUAUAUCAAAUACAUAUGACUAAUUCUUUUGAAUGUUCUUGCUACCGUUUUGUAUUUAUAUUUAUUUGCCUGUACAUUUGUCUUAAUGCAAAAAUAAGAAAAGACUGGUUGUGCAACUUU